GAGAACCGGACACUCCACACGGAGCUGGAGGCUCAGUCGCAGCAAAUCGAAGUGCUCCGGCAGCAGGUUCAACUGCUGAGGGAUGGACAUAUGGCCGAGCCUCAGCUGAAGGAGGAAAAUCUUCGCCUGCGCAGAGACCUGGAGCACAGCCGCGCCAUGCUGUCACGCUACACUGAUGAACUUGCGACGAUCAUGCCUGGUAUGCAAAAAGUCAUCCACAAGUUUCAAUGCGACUUGCAGCCCGGCAGGAGUGGCGAGGUCUUGGACAUUCCUGUGGAGGAUUGCGUGGAAGCUGCAGGGACAUGUGCCCAGAUGAGGCACCGUCCUCCUGCAACAGCAGCUGCAGAACGCCUCAGCGAAAGAAGGCCGUGUCCUUUGGCCCCGGCUUCUUCGCCAGCUCACGCGGCCCCGCGCCCUCUAUCCCAGGAGAGCCGCUCCAAUCCGCCUGGACCCCAGACGAGCAGUCAGUCUGCAUCCACGAUUCCUGCAAAGGAGAAGCGUGGUGGCAGUCCCGGUGCUGGGCCAGGCAGAAGCGCACGGACAGCCGGAGCUGCCUCGGCAGGACGUCUGUCUGGCUGCCUUUCCAGGCUUGCGGACGAGAGCCUAGCAGUGCAGCGACGAAGCGCAGGCAUUGCCGGCCCUCAGCAGAUGCGUGUUUCGCGGCGCACUCCUUCACCGGUGCAACGUAAGGCGACAGUUUUGGAGCCUGCGGCCCUUGGGUCUGCGAGUUUAUGCUCCGUGGCCGAGGAGCCACCGCGCUGGCGCUUCUGA